ACUAUACGAGAUGAAACUAUUGAAUCUUGUUUCCCGACGCCCGUUGUCGUUUACGAAUCCACACGACACCCUACGUCAAACGGAUCUGUUAAAAUCGUGUAAUCUGAACCAGGCAUUAAUUUAACGUUUGACAUUCGUUACACAUACGGUGUUUUACCUAUUAAACUCUGUGCAUUUCAUGAUUUCAGCCCAAACCCAACUCAGAUAUACAAAUAACGUCCGUCUUGUGCAUGUUCACAAAAUUUUGAAGUUGAUGGGGAAACUGUCAGUGCUGGUCUCACGGAUCACAUGAUAGCACAACUUUUUGAGAAGUCUUUUAAGAAGCAAGUUAAAUUUAUCAAACUUAUCCAACAACUUAAAGAGAACCAGAGUGAAGAACUGUCUGAAAGUCUGACUACACCUUCAGCUUUGAGCCAAGAGCAAAGAAUUCCAGCCCCAUUUCCUCUUGUCUUCUCAAUACCAAAAUUCCCAAAGGAUGUUCAGUUAAAAUUGGAUAACAAAGAACCAUGUCAUAAGAUCAGCACUUACCGGCAUAAAAUUGUACGAGUGCUGCACGAGACUAUGGCUCAGCACACACUAUAUCCUUCAAACAGUGACUAUGUUUGCGCAGUCAAGGCUCUUAUCUCCAAAUACCCUUUCCUGAGAGAUGCAGAGGGAAAUGGAUAUGAAGAACCAGCCACACCAUAUCCCACUGUACAGAUUUUGGGAGCAUCUAACUGGAAACAGGUCUUCAGCGAGAAGAGAAUUUUCAGCACUGUGAAAAUGGAGGGAUCUGAAGUUUGCCGAGCAGUUGGGGUGGAGGACGGUGUUCUCUCUGCUUUUUGCACGUAUUUUGUAUUCAACCUUGCAUAUCCCUCGUACAACAGGAACACACUACUCUUUCUCCAAAGGCAUGUGUUGAAGGUAAUUGCCCCUGGUGACAAACCAUUGCCAACUGCUGUCGUCAGGAUUAUUAAUCUUUUAUCUUAGACUGAGAGGAUGCCACGACCCUAUGCAUGUCCAAAGUGUUCACGCAGAUAUUUUACUGUAGUGAAACUAAUCAAACAUGUAGGAUUGAUUCAUGCUCAUGAGCAUGACUUUUCCAUCUGUUGCGGACUUGAUGGAUGUGAAAAUUACUUUUUCAAAUACGAGUCUUUCAGGCGUCAUGUAUAUAGAAAACACAGAACUCACAUUUGGCCAAGUCAUAACAACGUCACUGGAGAGGAUAAAGUUGACAUUAGUGACAAUGAAGUUGUCAUUAGUGACAAUGAAGUCAACACUGACACUGCAGAGGAUACUCCUGAAGAUGUUAUGCUGGAUAUGAACGAUCUUUUUACUAAUUUCAGAGGAAAUCUGGUUUCCUUUGUAUUGAAAUGCAGAGAAAAAAAUGUCCUACCGCAGUCUGUUCAGCAAGAAAUCUUGCAAGAUGUCAAGUUUCUGUUUAGUUUCUUCAAAGAAAACUACGAUUCAUUGCUUUCUUACCAUCUAAAGCAAAAUGGUUUUAAUAUUGAAGAAAUUCCUGAACUUGUAGGGCAUUUACAAUCAUUUGACUUUUUUGCUGAGGCCUGUAAGGUAAUAGACUCUGAACAUUUGUUCAAAGAAUACUGUAUUUCUCAUUUGGACAUGAUAGAACCUGUGCAGCAUACUGUUAGGGAUGUUAAUGGUCAUGUGAUUGGAAAUUUUGCUUAUGUUCCCUUCACUGAUGUGCUCAAAAAGUACUGCAGCCAUGAGGAUGUAUGGGACUCAAUACAUGAACAAAACAUUCAGCCUAGGGAUGAGCAUGUGCUGAGGGACUACAAUGACGGAAAGUACUUUAAGGGACAUCCAUUCUUUUCCAAACAUCCAGCUGCAUUGCGCCUGCACUUUUACGAAGAUGAGUUUGAAGUGGUCAAUCCGCUUGGUUCCAAAAGAAACAAACACAAACUCUGUGCUAUUUACUAUAGUGUUGGCAAUAUAGGUGUAAAACGCAGGUCUCAGCUAAAGCAUAUCCACCUUGCAUUACUCGUUAAGCAUUCUUUGUUUAAGCAGCACAUGGACAUUAUUCUGAAACCUCUGUUGGAUGAUUUUAAAUUACUGUCAACUGAUGGCUUUGAUUUGAUGUUCAGUAAUAAGACAUUCAAUGUGCGUGCUGCUUUGGCUUCUAUCUCUGGGGACAAUUUGUCUGCUCACAUGAUUGGUGGAUUUAGCGUGUCCUUUGACACAGGACGAAUAUGUAGAUACUGU